AUGGCAGCACCAGGCAUGGCAGCACCCAUCAUCGUCAACGACGACGUGGAGAAUCCAGAGGCACGCAGAGAGCUUGUCGCUCGUCUCAUCUUCAACGCCUACUGCAACACAAUCUACCUCUUUUCUUUCAUGAUCUUGCUUAUGUGCUGUUCCUACUAUUUGCUUCUGCAUCUUGUCAUCUCGUACAUGAAGGCCCACAGCAGCCCCACUCCCGUCACUUCCGUCUCUCCCACCCCUCGCACUAUCUCCAGCAAUGACAAGUAUGGGAAGUGA